AUGCGUUUCACUUGGUUUCUUACCUCGGCACUAGCCGCCAUCGUCACCGCGGAAGAAUCAACCAUAAUCAACUAUUUCGGCGGUGGAAUGCAAUGGGCUCAUGAAAUUCAACUCCACCCAUGGACUAGCACAGCUGCCAGCGUAGCUGGGAUCAAUGCCAUUGCCACAACCUACGAAAUCAAAUGCCUGAGCGAUGCGCCCAAGUCUGAUUGCGAGAUCGCUACGCCCUGGACCAUGAUCCAGGGCCCCAAAACAUACAGCCUCACGGGUGUGUAUACCGUGUCGGGAUCAGGAACGGUCAAUGCUGUGACUGGAACCCAAAAAUUUGAUUGCACGUUUGCCAAGGCCACCGAGUCUCCUUCCUGUUCGUUCAGCGCAAAGGCCACCGGCACCACUGCAGGUGUUUCGUACUCUACCUCCACUUCCACCUCCACCAAAAACCUGCCGACCAAGUCCUACACCUCCUACGGAAUCGAUGUCACAGGGGGACUAGCUUCUUUCACUGCCAGUCAAGCAACUCAUACUCCCAAUGGAGGAGCUGCCAUGGUUACUGCUGCGCCAAUGGGGGCGGUUGCUGUCGUGGCGAUUGCUGCUAUGCUCUAG